CCCGGGAAUUGUGGUUUGCUCUUCCCCUUGUUCUUACCGUCAAGACUCCCCCAUCUUCCUGUGCCCCAAAAAAACCAACCUUUGAUCUGCGCCCUUCUCAACAAGAAGGGAUGCGUUUGUCACAGUAACCUUCAGUUGUCGGUUUCAGCCUUGAGAUUCGUAUCUAUUCCAUUUGUCCCCGCCCGCGCCGACAGUGAAAUCCACACGGAACGUCCAUGUCGAUUUCCGAUUACCGCCAGCGCGGCGUCAACCCAGGUAAACAAUCGUUCAUUCAUGACACGUGGCUCAAGGUGCCAAAAGACAGCAUGGACAAUAAAGAGGACAUGAAUAAGACUGACUCUGAAAACAUUAUUUUGAUACCCAACGAGAGCGACAUUGGCCUCUCUACGACAGUCCAACGAGCCAUAGGAAAAAUCGAGACCGCGCAGUUGGCGAGAGCAAGACAGGAAGUUGCAGAACGUUUGAAGGACAUUCUGGACAAAGUGAAUUUCGCUUUGAGCCACGCAAGAUUUGACCACCAGCAAGUGCCAAAAAUCACCUUAACCCCUGAAAAAAAGGAAAGGGAAUGGUUGAUAGAUACAAUCACUGAAUUUGCAACUGGCAACAGCACCAAAGAGGAAAUCUUAAAGUUUAUUCUACAAUGGCUGUCGGACAGCAAUCAAACAUUAAUUGAUGAAGAAGACAUCGAGGAGGACAGAGAAGUAGAAAAAAGGUCGGCUGAAUGGAUUGAGGAAGUUAAUGUGAAAGUGCAAUCAAGCCUGGCUUCUUCACAAGAGUGUAUAGAAAAUCUCCAUAAAAUAUCGAAAAAUCUGUUUAGCCUCCAACAUGAGCGUAUAAAGCCAAAGUCAGCAGAUGCUGACAGACCUGCUGAGAUGUUGCAGCAAUUUCAGUUAUAGUAAUAUGUUGGCAACUAGUCAAAGGUUACAUUAAUACAAAAAAUUAGUACCAGGAAUUCGAAGAGGACCAGAUAUUGGGCCACACUACUUCAAGAUCCUGAACUGUUCUGCCUACAUAUCCAUAUGACAUAAUUAUAGCAAAUGGUGCUUAUGGCACUCCUCAGUAUGGACCCUUUGGACCCAUAUCAACAUUUCGCUGCCUGCAAAGUUUUUUUUUUCCGUUUUUAAGAUGAUAUAUUUGUGAAUAUAAUUACAUUUACUGUAACCCCAUCGCCCCAAAUUUCUGACUUUACAAAUUAAAGUGAUCUGGAAGUUU